CCUGUCCCCACUGUCCCCUGUGUCACCGCCGCGCCGCCUCCGUCGCUCGCUGCGGCCUCUCCCAGCCCCGCUCCGCCUCAGCUCCGGCCUCGCUCCGGCCCCGCUCCCCUCAUCUCGGGUCCCGCUCCGCCUCAGUUCCGGCCCCGAUCCCCUCAGCUCGGGCCCAACUCCAGCCCGGCUCCGGCCCCGCUCCCCUCAGCUCCGGCCCCGCUCCGCCUCAGCUCCGGCCCCGCUCCCCUCAGCUCCGGCCCCGCUCCGGCCCCGCUCCCCUCAUCUCGGGCCCCGCUCCGCCUCAGCUCCGGCCCCACUCCCCUCAGCUCCGGCCCCGCUCCCCUCAGCUCGGACCCAACUCCAGCCCGGCUCCGGCCCCGCUUCCCUCAGCUCCGGCCCCGCUCCCCUCAGCUCCGGCCCCGCUCCCCUCAGCUCCGCCUCAGCCCGGGCCCGGCCGUUCUCGCUCCGCCCCGCGCGGCCUCCCCGGCGAUGGGUGCAUCGGAGCCCCCCAACUUCUCGUGGGUGGUUGAGGGGCGGCUGGCGGGGCUGGCGAUGCCGCGGGAGCCGGGGCACUACCGGUACCUGCGGGAGCGCGGCGUGCGGCACCUGGUGUCCCUGACCGAGCGGGCCCCGCCCCACCACGGCUGCUGUCCCCAAAUCCAGCUCCACCGGCUCCGCGUGGCCGACUUCACCCCGCCGAGCCCCGAGCAGAUCCAGAGCUUCCUGCGGAUCGUGGAGGAGGCCAAUGGCCGCGGGGAGCACUGGCGAGGAGAGCUGAGGACAUGGAUGGCACCCAUGGAAUUGGGCACCCCAGAGUGCCAGGCAUGCCCAGCCCCAUCUGUCCCCUCCUGCAUUAAAGGACUGGCCUGUGGCUUCUCUCCACAUCUGGUUUUGGGGUACACACUGGGGGGAUGCCUGGUCAUGGCUCUGCUGGGCACCCCCAGACCCAGCUUGGUUGGCAGCUGCAUCCUGGGAUUUGGGGUCCUGGCUCUGGGGUCUUGUGUUUGGGGUUCCUCAGGGUUCUGGUUCUGGAUCCCAGCUUUGAGCUCCCUCAGGGCCCUGAAUUUGGGGUCAUUCAGGAUCCCAAUUCUGGGGUUGUUUGGGAUCCUGGCUCUGGAAUCCCUUGGGGUGAUGGCUCUGGCGUCCUGGGUUUGGGGUCCCUCAGGGUUCUGGAUCCCAGCUUUGAGCUCCCUCAGGGCCCUGGUUUUGGGGUCAUUCAGGGUCCUGGUUGUGGGGUUGUUCAGGAUCCUGGCUCUGGGGUCCCUGGGUUCCCAGAUCUUGGCUCCUGCCUCUGGAUUUUGGCUUUGGAGUCCCAGCUCUGUGUCCUGGCUCAGGGGUCUCUCAGAGUCCUGGUUCCAGUAUCUUGAGUCUGGGGUCUCUCUUGGUGUCCCAGCUCUGGGGUCUCUCUGGGUCCUGGCUUUGGGGUCCCAACUCUGGGUUCUGGCUCUGGGAUCCUUUGGGGUGCUCAUUCUGGGGUCUCACAGGGUCCUGGUUCUGGGGUCAUCUGGGGUCCCAAAUCUGGGUCCUGGAUCUGAGUUCUGGCUUUGGAGUCCUGGUUUUGGGGUCUUGGUUUUGGGGUCCCUCAGGGUUCUGUUUGUGGGGUCCCAUGGGAUCCCAGCUCUGGGGUGGUUCUGUCCCUGGGGUCGUUCUGUCCCUGGGGUCCUUGAGGGACCACGAGCAGCCCCCCCAGAGCACCCCAGAGCUGUCACCCGCCAGCGCCCCGAUGCCACGUGGAGGGUGACAACCGUGUCAGCGCCCGGGGGCCGACCCGGGACGUUGACGCUUAAAGUGUAGCUUAGCCGGAAUUGAGGCAUCUCCAUCCAAAAAUCCAAUCCUGGAAAUCUCUUCUCAGCUGCUCCUAACCUUGGUGGCAUUUAAAUCCUGGGUGGAAGCAGCGUCACCGUCCCCAUUUCCGGGCGGGUGGCACAUGGCUGGCAGCGCCCUGGGCACAGCUGGGGCCAGUGCCUCAACCAGCAGCUCCACAGUCCCCAAAAAGUUCCUUUGGAACCCCACAAUGUCACCAUCCUCCUUUGGGGACAAAGCACCAGGGUGGUGACAGCAGGGUGGUGACAUUGGCAUGGUGACACUGGGCACUGCUGGCAGUCCAGCUGUGCCCUGCCCAGAUGUGCCCAGAAUUGGGAAGGGGGCUCACCGCAGGGUGUGAGGUCACUCCAAAACUGUGGGGUCACACAGCUGGCCCUGGUGGGCCGUGGUGGGGUUUUGGGGACACCCGUGUCCCCCAGGUGAUGCCACAGCGAGGCCACACCAGCACACGGAGCCGUGUUGGGGGCAUAUGCCCGGGGCACAGCCACUUUGGGCUGCCCAGCCCUGCGUGGGGGCCACCACGGGGACAACGGGGACACGGUGGGGACGAUGUGGCCGCGGUGGGGACACCGUGGCCGCGGCGGCAGUGCCGGACAGCGGUGUCCAGCCUAAGCUCACAUGGGCCAGAGCAGCCAAAAGCUGCUUACGGCAGAAUUAUUGCCCUUAACCCCGCUGACUCCACGCUGUCCUCAGAGUCCCCCGGGCUCGGGGGGCCAGGCCGGGCCGGGGGGGCUCCGCGGACCCCCCACCCCCUCCAAGGGGGGCUGGGCUGGGGGGGCAUCGCCCCCGGGGCUCCCGUGUGCCCGGGCCGGUGUCACACGUGCGGGCUUUGCUCGUCCCUCCAUCCCGGAUCUGAGGCGGGGACACAUCCAGCAUGUCCCCUCUGUGUCCCCUGCUGUCCC